AUGCAGAGGGUUAGGGUUUCAUCACAAAGAGCAGCUGUACACAAGCUUGGUGAUUCUCACAUGACAUUAUCUCCUAAAUUUAGAGUAGCUACAUCAAUUCACUCGCCAUUGUUUGAUUAUAGAUCAUCGGAAUUAGAAUUGUCUCUUACCGGAGAACCAUUGAUUCCUGGUUUACCAGAUGAUGUUGCACUUAACUGCCUUUUACGUGUUCCUGUCGAAACCCAUUCUUCGAGUAGAUCCGUUUGCAAGAGAUGGCAUCUCUUGUUUUCUACUAAAGAGACGUUUUUCGCUAGGCGUAAGGCGUUCGGGUUUAAAGAACCGUGGCUGUUUGUUGUAGGGUUUAGUAGAUGCACAGGGAAGAUACAUUGGAAGGUUUUGGAUUUGAGGAAUCUCACUUGGCAUGAGAUACCGGCUAUGCCUUGUAGAGACAAAGUGUGUCCUCACGGGUUUAGAUCGGUUUCGAUGCCUCGGGAAGGUACUAUGUUUGUAUGCGGUGGAAUGGUUUCGGAUUCUGAUUGUCCUCUUGAUGUUGUGUUGAAGUAUGAUAUGGUGAGGAAUCAUUGGACCGUCACGAAUAAAAUGAUAAUCGCGAGGUCGUUUUUCGCUAGCGGUGUUAUCGAUGGGAUGAUAUAUGCAGCGGGAGGAAACGCGGCGGAUUUAUUUGAGCUUGAUUCUGCGGAGGUUUUGAACCCUUUGGAUGGGAAUUGGCGGCCUGUUUCAAAUAUGAUCACGCAUAUGUCGUCUUACGACGCAGCGGUUUUAAAUGGGAAGCUGUUGGUAACAGAAGGAUGGUUAUGGCCGUUUUUUGUAUCUCCGCGAGGUCAAGUUUAUGAUCCGAGGACGGAUCAAUGGGAAUUAAUGGCGAUGGGGCUAAAGGAAGGAUGGACCGGGACAAGUAUCGUGGUUUACGAUCGGUUAUUUGUAGUGUCGGAAUUAGAGAGAAUGAAGAUGAAGGUUUAUGAUUCGGUUACGGAUUCAUGGGAGACGAUUAACGGACCGGAAUUGCCUGAACAGAUUUGUAGACCGUUUGCUGUUAACUGUUACGAGAACAGAGUAUAUGUGGUUGGUCAGAAUCUUCAUCUCGCGGUUGGGAGUAUUUGGAGGUCGGAGAAUAAGUUUGGAGUGAGAUGGGAGGUGGUGGAGUCACCGGAGCGUUAUGCAGAUUUAACACCGUCGAAUUCUCAAGUUCUCUUUGCUUAA